AUGGCAGCACUUGCGCUGAUCGACGAUCUACAUAACCGUGCCAUCCGAUGUGAGCGUCAUUUUAUGGAGCGGGAGGACCUGCUCCAGAACAGCGACGAAUGGCUCAUGAGCCGGUUCCGGCUACCGCGGGCCAUCCUCCUGGAGCUGUGCGAGGAGCUCCGGCCAGCGCUGGAGCGAUCAACGGCCAGAAGCCGAGCGGUGCCCGUGCCAACGCUGGUGCUGCGCACACUCGGCUUCUUGGCCACAGGAUCCUUCCAGCGGGAGAUGGCGGACCGUGCUGGGGUGAGCCAGUCCACCAUCAGCCGGGCCAUGCCUACGGUGGUGGACCAGCUGAUCCGCCUCUCUAACAGGUAUAUUAAAUUCCCCUACGGUGCGGUUGAACAGGCCAAUAUUAAAACGCAAUUUGCAGCAAUAGCCGGAUUCCCAAACGUAAUCGGAGCUAUUGACUGCACUCAUGUUGCCAUAAAAGCGCCGUCCCAUGACGAGUACGCUUACGUCAGCUGAAAAGGCGUUCACUCCAUCAAUGUGCAGAUCAUCUGUGAUGCACAGAUGAAUAUGCUCAACAUUGUUGCGAGGUGGCCCGGUUCAACGCACGACUCGCACAUCAUGUACAACAGCACUGUUGGGGAGAGGCUCCAGGCAGGUGCAGUUACAGACGGGUGGCUGCUGGGUGAGUAAAUAUGUAAUGAUAUAAUGUUAUUCAAGAAACUUGACGUGCAUCAGUGACUUGAACUAAAUGUGUGCAACGCUGAUGUAUUUUACUCUGUGUUUGAUUGCGAGUACUCGGUGGAUGUUGUGGGUUAUUGAUUGCUUAUUGCUUGCUAUUAUUACAACGCAUCAAGCCCAAGACUUAACACACUGUGCUUUUUCUGAAGGUGACAGUGGCUACCCCCUCAGGACCUGGCUGAUGACCCCUCUCCACAACCCCCACACUGACCGAGAGCGGAGGUACAACCAUCUCCACUCUCGCUCUCGGUCAGUGGUGGAGAGGGCCAUCGGCCAGUUAAAGGGUCGGUGGCGCUGUCUGGACCGGAGUGGCGGCGUGCUUCUGUAUCGUCCGGAAAACGUGUGCCGCAUUGUGAUGGCGUGUGGCGUCCUUCCCAAUGUGACACACCUGCACCACAUCCCCAUGGCUGAGCAGCACGUCGCCCCAAAUGAUGAUCCAGCAGCAGACGGAGGGAUGCGAGCUGAUCCCUGCCGGGCCGCCGUCCUCGCGCGGUAGAAUCUCAUCGCCACAAUGUGAAUGGGUAAGAAGUGAAUACACAGUUUAAUGAGCCAAAUUAUUUUAUUUUGUCCACCAGACGCUCGAGGACAUUGACGAGGCGGUCCAGCUGCUCGUUGAUCCCCGCGAUCCCCCUAAUUAUUUGUUCCUGUGAUUGCAGGACCGCCCCGUGAGGACCCUUCCACUGCGUCCGCAGGGUGGUCCAGCGGAAGCGCUGCGGCUGGUGGAAGCUCCAUCGCUUGUCGGCGCGCUGGUGCUAGUGCUGGGGCCGGGGGCGGCCCGAAUGCCGCUGGUCCUGGCCAACGACUCCGAGCCGGCGGACGGGCUGCCGCGGGCCGGGGUUCCACAAGCCGGCGACACGGCCGACACAUUGAUUUCUGUGACACAAUGAAAAUAUUUGUUCAUUUCAAUUCCUGCUUCUGUGUAUCUGUUGCGUCUACAUCUAUGGCAAAGCAUGUGGACAUUUGUGUGACACGCUACUUACCCUCCGGCAGGCUGUCUGAGUCGCCGUGGGUAGCGGCGACAAUCCCCCCCACAGAGGCGCCCCCCAUAAAUGCCACCACCCGCUGCUCAAACGGCGUGAGGGUCUCCUCCCCCGGACCCCCACCUGUCUGGCCGGUACUCCUCCGGAGGGCAGCUGUACGCCGCUUGAACUCCACCUUGAGGUCCGACCACUUUUUUUUAAUCUCCGCGGGGCAGCGUGUCUCUAAACCCACCGCGUUCACCCUCUGACAAACUUUCUCCCACUCCAAGCGUUUUCGUUUUGCACUGACGCCACUGGACAGGCUGCCAAACAAAACACGCUGUCGCUCCUCCACCUCCGCCACCAGCACCUCCACCUCGCACGCCGUAAAUUUAGGUUUUCUUGUCAUUUUGUCUGCGUGCGAGGACAGGGAGACCCUAUUUAAAUAAAUCUGCAUAUUUAUAGGAGGGCGUAACAGGGGCUGGCCCAGUCACUCCGACAUCUGCGCUCAAUUCCACGCUGAUUGGGAUUUAUCAAGGAAACACACGUGGAUUUCGACAGAUUUUUUUCAGGGUGACGGACCUUGCGUGCGCUCGUUUCUGGUAUGAGUUCCACUCAAGUAUUGAUACAUAAGGCCCUAGAUGAGUUAUUUACUUUAAGCCUACAUACGAAUAUUAUAAUGUUCAGUUUGGUGACCCAAAUUUAUUUUAUAUGCCAACAUCUAUGAAAGAAAGAGCCAGGCCACGGAGCGCGAUGCAUCAUUUAUGCACAGAUGGUUCCGAUUUUAAUGCCAUUUUUGGAGUUUAUGUUGUGAUCUGUGCGCACAACCCACCUUUGUCAGGUGAGGUUUGAAUAUGUGCAACUUUAUGUGAGUGUCUCUAUUUGUGGAAAAGGGUGUUUGUCUUACUAGUGGGUCCAACAUUACACACACCAAAUCCAUCUGUGCUUAUAUGAGAGAGUGUGAAGGACACCCUCUGCAGCGUUUACAGCGACACUUGUUGAGGAGCUGCCUUCUGUCGCCAUCGUGUGGCAUUACUGUCUUCAGACAUCUCUUGAUCUCUUUGACUACUUCACGAAAAUAGUAAUACGCCUCGCCGGUCUCGGCUGUGUUAAACCCACUCCACGCUCUCUCUCCUCCCUCGCUACGACGUACGCAGCUGGGAGGAGCUGAAUUAGGGAGGGGGGAUACUUACACCGGGCUGCGCCGCUCACCAAAAUACCAAAUAGUGCUUGGGAAUGCCUUGUCGGCACGGCGGACCUGACUUACGCCGCGCUACGUCUCCGGUGAAGCACAAAAAUAGAGCCCCAUAUCUCAGGUAUGUUUCUCUUUCAUUAAAGUGUUCAAUUUAAAACAAACGCUGUUUAAAUAUAGUUUACAGCUUAAAGCAACCUAAAUUAUCCCAAAUUGUAAAGUACAAGUAUCAACCCAGUGUCUGUGAGGCUCAGCAGAAACACAGGAUUAUCUACGGUUGUCUGGAAACUUCAGACAAAUAUCGUGAUCCGAUUCAUGAAUGAACGUAGACCAUCAAGGUACGGGAGAUUCACAGGAGAAAUGACAAUACAGGAGGUGGGUGGGAGACACAUCUGAAAUAUGGGAGUCCCGGGAAAAACGGAAGUGUUGGCAGGUAUGGUAUCAGUAUACAUAUGUGCAGCUGAGCUCGUGAUUGCAGAGUACUAGCAUUAGCGAGCUAUCGUUGGCAAUCACCCAGCUGAUUAAUUAAUGAGUUAUCGGACAAAUAAAAGCACAAAACUGCUUCAACUCUGCGCGUAUGAUGUUGCGUCCACUGUGGCAUUUGCUUCACCAUUGGCGAGUUAUUUGAUUGACAGGUCACUGCAUGACUCCUUGAAUGAAAGCAGUGCGAUCUUGAAAAUAUGAACGAGGAAGGACACAUCUACUGAUUUAGAGGAGCUGCUCAUAGAUCAUGCUAAAGUAGGUUUGAAAUCGACCCCAUUAGGUGGAGCUUGUUUGCUGUCCAUGCCUCCACCGUUACCUGAAGCAGCCAUUGUCAACAUCAUCAUGCAAUGCGUUGACGCUUUGUAGGCGAUUACAUCAACGAAUCGCCCCAGCCCUACAAUAAUCACGUAAACGCACAAUGGCGUCUAAGUCUAUUCUCAAAGUCUAUUCUCAUCUGGUAUUUCAUGGAUUUGUUCAAAACCAGAGGCUUUAAAGUUCUUUUUGAUGAGGAAAUGCAAAUACCAAGCUGCAGAACAUAAGAGUUUCAGAAAGAAAAACUAAAACAGCACAGCUCUCUUUUUACAGACUGACAAAUCAGUGUGUCCAACAAGCAAAUAGGUAUGCAGAUUCAUGCAUCAGACUGUUGUAAGUCAAGAGCUACUCAGCAUGAAAGUAGUCAAAGUAAGUAGUUUGCCCUUUUUCUUGCACUGCAAGGUUGCCAUAAUUAGGGGUGUUUUUCACCAUAAAGCAGCCAGUGUUAUUAUUCCAAUUGGAGUGCUGAAAAAUCACCCAGUAGCACUUUCUAGCGUUAUGUGGAAUAGGAAAAGGACAGGGAGCGAGAGCGAGGCUUAUCUGAAUGAAAAGCUCUUAUCAUCUUGUUUCUGCCUCUCGAAGCCAGCGCUGCAUCCACAAGGUCAACAGCUAAAUAAAUGUCUUCAGGGGGGAUGUUUGCCGGGUUUCUGUGGAAAUCUUUGUCAAUUAUUCGCUUUUAACUUUGUCAAGUGACAUUCCACCCUCUUACCUAUCUGCUACACUCUCCUAUAAACACAGACACAGAUGCACACACCACUGUUUAAUCAUGCUUCUAACUCUUGAACCUUUGCAAAUGUAUUUCUCGUGUCUUUGGUUCAUGUUUGAUGUGCUUUUUAUAUAUUUUUUUGUUCAUCAAAGGACACACUUUUAGCUACUUGAUUCUGUGGCAAAACAACAAGGACGGCAGCUCUGUUGUCUUUGAUAUCACCCGUGACUGCCACCUUUUGGGCCUUAAUUUGUAGUAAUGGUGAUGCUUUACCCCCAAAAGACCAAACACUAUUAUGUCCAACCAACACCAGUGAGGAGAGCAGAUAAUAACCAGAGCUUGUGAUUUCUCCAGUAAAACCAGUAAUGGAGAUCUGACUUUGUGAGGAACUUUAAGGCCUGGAAAGGUGAGCUUGAGUGUUUCAGCAAGUAUUUUUAAAUAAAAUGUGUUAAUGUUAUUAUCAUGAAGGGACUUCUAAUUUAGUUUGGUUAAAGCUUGCAUGAUCUGUUGUCAUUGAGACAUUUGACUAGAAGAACACUAACAAGAGAUUCAAUGUACAGUAUAUCUUCAAAACAUUUGAGUUUGAAUUGUUGCGGCUUUCAUGAAGUUACAGUGCAACGGUCCAGUCUCCUAAGUUUCAGUUUCUACCCGGGUUACACAAUUAAUCAAUUUUUAAUUAUAAAUGGAUUAUUUUAUUAUGACAAUGGCAAUGUUAUUACAAUUAUUACAAACAUUAUGACAAUGUCAAAAAAUUUUAAUCGUCAAACCAAUUGUCCUCUCUAUCAUGUCUUGUCAUGUGGAAUUGGUACGGCUUCACAGUUUUUUGAUGAAGAGCAAACCACUCCCCGCUGCAAAGUCUGUCUGAAGGCAGUAUCAACCUGUCCACACGGAAACAAAUUCAGAGGUAAACACUGAAGUUUUUUGUCAUAUCAGCGUUUCAUCUUGACGGCAAUGGCGUUUCAGGUGACUGUUAACGGUAGCACACAAUAAAACGGUGCAUAAAUGUGUAAAUGACUACCAUUCAUCUCCGUGUGGAUGCCUGACUGCAUCUCUCUUGAAACGAUUAUGUGACACACAGCGUAACUCUUUUAUGGCGCAUGUGCGUGUCCGGCCAAAACAGCCUUUAUACAAAUGCUCUAUACUCUUCUUCUGUCUUUUGUGCAUUUCUUCGACAGCGUUACAGCGCCUCAUACUGGCUUGGCAUAUGCACUCCAUUAUUUUUAGUGAUUUAGUUUUGAAAGAUGAUACAAAAACUUAAUAUUAAAGUAAAGUAAAGUUGUCACUGAAUAAAAAUUGAAAUCGAGUUUUCAGAAAAAAAUCAGGAUUUUAUAUUUGGCCAGAAUCGUACAGCCCUAGUUUCUACCCAGGGUUUGAACUAUUAACAUUCUCAUCAAUCUACCACCACUCCUCCAGCAUGCUAAAGAUAGAUAUCCUCAAAGAUACUUAUAGACUCUCAGACACACAAAAGUAUUUACAAAGCUGCAUGGCUUUCAAAGUUUAGCUCAGUACCUCCCCUCCUUCAGCAUAAAGACACAUGAACACACAUACCUACAUACUCAGCUGUGCCUGUGUAAAUACACACACACACACACACACACACACACACACACACACACACACACACACACACACACACACACACACACACACACACACACACACACACACACACACACACACAGAGAACACACUCUAUUCUCAGUAAUCUCUCCUUUUAGCGUCUCUUUUGUCCUAUUAUGUGGGGAUUUUCCCUCUGAUGGGAAUUUCAGCAGCAGCCGCUCCAAGAGGCCGUCUAAUUAGCCAUAGAUGGACGACUUCCAAUACAAGUAAAUGAGCAAAGAUCUGCCAGUGAACAAAUCAUUUUAACCCUGACAAGAGAGAAGACAGCUCGCAGCGCUAAUCACAAUCACAGACAGCCGUGCCCCUUAAGAGUGAAAACACAUCUGCUUAAGGCUGCAUUUGCAUUUAGGAUUUAUUAAAAAAAAAGCUUUCUUUUCGUGAGUUUGAUGUGGUCUCUUUUCUUGGCUGUCCAAACAGGUUAGAAAGGCUGAGAGGGCUCUGCUCUGAUUUCUGUUGCCUCUAUGAUAAAUAAAGAAAAAUUACAUCUGAAAGAGUUUGAUAAAAUAUUUAAUGAAAAAAAAAAGAAAAAGAGAAGAUAAAUGAGUCAGUGACUGUUCCAUCUAAUAUUCAAGUCAGUUACAGAUUGAGUUACAGUGUGAGAAUAAGAAAGUUUAAUUUGUUUUGUUGGUUUCUAGAAUCAGAAUUUUAUAUCCAGGAUGGCCAAAUAUGUUCAUAAAUUACAAGUGUGUUACUUAGGCUCAGCCACCAGUAAGUCUUUCAUUCAGAGUCUCUUUUCUUGCCUUGCUUUGUCUCACCUAAUGCUCACAACACCAUCUGGUUGGUUAGAUGUCACGUGACUGUGUAAUGCAACUGUACAGUAUGCAUAUUUGGUUAACUGUUUACUCUUGUAUAUGUAUGUUAAAUGUUUCUGAUUUGGUUGAUCAGUACCUGAAUUCCUGUAAGCAAGUAAAAAAAAGAUACUUCGCUGUAUGUCUUGGAUUUAACUUUAGGUUAUGUUAACAGAGAAAUUUCUGAAGACCCGAGGGCUUUAACCGGCUCAUAUGCUAAAUGCAGAUCAGAUAAAUAAGAUGGGCCAAAGCCAUUAAGAGCUUUAAAAACCAAAAAAAAAAACAACCUUAAAAUCUAUUCUAAAAGAAAUCUAAAGACUGAAAAGCUAAGAGCUUGGGUGGUAGAUUUUUAAAUAUUUAGUAUAAUGGAUAUUAGACAAUUGUUUCUACAGCCCCUAAGGAAGCCUGUGGUUAUUAUAUCCUAACCAUUGAUAGUUUUACCAUUUGGUAACCUUGCUGUGCUGAUUUUUAAGUGAACAGCAUGUGCUAAUAUAACCAUUCAGCAUGGUCUGAGAUGUGUGCCUGCGUAAGUUUUCAAGACCCAGGUUUCUGCCAGUAAACCAGGAUUGAGUUUGAUCAUUCGUGCUUUCUUGGGUGCUGAAAAUCCUCCUCUAAAAGUUGAGUUAAAGAGAAUUAGCAGACUGUGGGCCAUCAAAGUGAUCCUUUAAGAGAACCAAAGGCUCUCACUGGUCCUUUGGCCCCUAUUCACUACGCUAAAGCACUGUUUAAUACCCCCCUCUCAACCUAUAUCCAUCCAUCUUUCGCUUUAUUCCCCUUUCUCUCUGCCUGCUAUUACACCCCUCUUUUGCUUUAUGACUCACUCUUUCCCCCUGCUCAUCCAUUGCUAUAUCCUCUAUUCAUUCGUCCUUUGACCUCUGUCCAUGACUCGGUCUGUGCAUCCAUGAUGGAGUGUACAAAGCCCUGAAUCUGGGGGAUUACCUCAACAGAUUUCCUCCACUCUCUUUUACUCUAUUUUUCUCCCUUCACACUCUGUACUCUCUAUUUCUCUCUCUUUUGACUUCUCUCAGCACUUAUUUCUCUCUCUACCAGAAUUUCAUUUUCUCUCUUUCAUCCCUUUGCCUUCUCGGCCAUCGCUCCCUCCGUAAAUAUCCCACCUGGGUUCAAAAGGGGAUUGUUUGCCUGAUAGACAAGACACAUAGCUUUUUGUUUACUCUCAGAGAGAUGAUCCAUGCUGUGAUGUGGAGGGCUUGUCUGUUGCUAAAACCAUAUCACAGAGGGCUUAGGCCUGGCACUCACCAUGGGAUUGUAUAAAUGUUGUGGUGCAAUUCUUACACACACCUGUACAUGUGAAUCCUGUGGGAAAAACAAAACAAAACAACAAAAAACAAAACAAAAACAACAACUCACAAAUGAUGUGCUCACACUGCACAGUUUGAUUGUUUAGUGCUUACACUGUAUUGGUGAUUCUCUUUACAUUUUUCUAUGGAAGUUAAGAUAAGAGAAUAUGAAAUCUUUGUGGUGUAUGGCACAGGGCUUUAAAACCAGUCUAUGACAUUGCACAGACUAGUGGGGAGCAGUUGAUCGGGUCAUGAUCUGGGGCCUGUUCUACGAAGCAAGUUCAACCUAGCGAGGUAUCCUUGGAGCUACCUCGCUCAACUUAGCGCGAUAGCCAGCCGUCUUGCUAAACGGUCUUACGACGCUGGUUAUCAACCUCGUAAGUUGAUCCAGCUUUGCUAUGAGCGCAUGCACACAUGUAAGGCGGAGCCCGCCACACCUGACCAAUCGCGAACAUGGACCAGUCUGGAGCAACAGAGCGAAGGACCGCGUACUUUACAAACGAGGAGCAGGAGACGCUCAUGAGAAAGUAUGAAGAAUUCAAAUCUAUUAUAAAUCUCAAAAGCAACACUAUCGCCGCUGCAAAAGCGAGGAGGGAAUGCUGGCAGAAAAUUAAUCUUUGAUGCCAUUGUCACCCUGAAAUAGCACUGUUCAACAUGUGCUUUUAACUAAGGUGACCAGACGUCCCCAAUUUCCAGGGACAGUCCCCGAAUUGGAUGAUCUGUCCCCGGCUAAAGCUGUCCCCGAAAAUGUCCCAGAUUUAAGCGUUUCAUGAAUGAGAACAAAAAUGUUGCUUACCCUCGAAGUUACCUCGCUAAGCAGUUAUCCUGCUUCAUAGAACAGGCCCCUGAUUGUGCCCCCUAUACACAACAUGGUAAACAACAAGCAUGCUGAAAUUUGACCCUUAAAUGAAGCAUGUGACUCAUAAAUCAGAUUCAAGUCAUGUUGGAAUCAACUUUACAGUGAAUGCUUCAGUUUUUCUGCAGAGAAAAAGAAAUGCAAUUCAAAUAAGUAAGAUACCCUGGUAUAAAGCCUUAUUUACAUAAAUGUGAACCGCAGACUCCACUUGAGUCAGCUUGAAAUUUUAAAAAUGAGUCCUGUCCUGCUAACGACCCUGUACACAGUCACUCUCCAUUUCUCGAUCAGGAGAGAACUUUUAAGGAUCUCUCUGGGUGCUGUUCAUGACAGUUGUAUGUUUUAAAUGUGCAUAUAAUCAGGAAUAGUCAAGGACCCACUCUGAUUGUUUUUUGUUUUUUUUCACUACUAAAAGUGUUCUCUGUGUCUUUAAAUUGUGAUAUGAAGUUUUUAGCCAAAAUCACGUUACCUGUGUCAUUUUCAAGGACUUUCCUCUGCAGAGCUCCAGUAGCUCAUUAGCAUUUCACCUCUGAGUCGUGGGCAGAGACAGCGCUGCUCUACACACUCCUCUUCACGCUUGCUUGUAGCCUAACAUUGCAGGUGUAGUAGAAGUGGCAGGUGACAUAGGAGCUAUUUAGUUCUCAGACACUAAUGUCUUUAGGGGACAUGAUGAAAUUAAGUAUCAUAAUCAGCUUCGCAAUCUGCUAUUGCACACACUUGUUUCGCCAUUGUCCUCUCUACUUCUUGGAGUCUGGCCUGCAGAGCGGUGGUCUGAACAUGGACUUGUGACGUAGAAAAUCCCACAGUGUCUGAACCUGUCAAGGUUCACAGCGAUUUGAAUAAAGAAAUACUCACAAAUUUUUCUAUUUCUAUUUUAUUUUUCUAUUUCUAUUUUUUCUCUUAGUUUUUUCAUGAUAUUGUGUUGUGUUGUUUCCCCCCUCCUGUGCCCUCCAAACAUUUUCCUCUCUGACACACCAAAAUACUCCCACUCAGGUGACUUUCUGGAGCUUGAUAUUGAGUUGUGUAAAUUUAAACUGUGUGUGCACAAGUUAAGUUGUGCAUUGCUUUAAAAACUGCAUCUGUAGGAGUUUUCACAUCUGCUGAAACGGAUGAUUAACCUUUCUGAACAACUGCUCCUAAUAUUAUGUCAAUAAUGUUGUGCUAUUCUGCAUUUGAGUCAGCAAGAGUCAUGGUGCAAGGUUUGACUUUUAAAAUCAGGCAGUCUACUAAGCCAUAAAAACUACUGGAUUUUCUCAAUAACUGUCCUCCAAACAUUUAGAGUAUGCUGUAAAGGGUUAAAUAAUUUUGCGUGGUCUCAUGAAGCCAGUCUAGUUUUACAAAAACUAUUCUAAAAUGUUAAUUCAUUCUUGUUCUUAGUGAUAAAGUUGUUUAUAUUGUUGAUAACUGGGUUCAACGGUGAUGUAUAAAUUAGUGUCCAUUGUCUAUAUAUCUUAGAACAAAGUCCUAAAUAACAAGACACUCUCAAAACAAAAUCUAAAUAAAUAAAAAUAACAGCCCUACAGAUUAAUAUGAAAAGCAGUCAAAGGCUCAUUGCCAACACUGAGAUGAAAAAUAUUGUUACUAUGGUAAGCAUUGCUCUAGAACUCAAUUUAGUAUUUUGAUAGAAAACAGUUUUGACAGGAAGGAGAUUUCGAUUUCUGCUUGCAUUCAGUCUGUAUGUGCAUCAAGGGUUUGAGUUUAAACUGGCUGUUUGUUGAUAUCCACCCACCAGCCAAAGCAGACAAAGUCAGACUGCCAGGCUUUCAGUCUCCUGGCUCUCAACAUUAAAUAAGUCUGGAGUUGUAGAAAUCUAUUAAACUGUAAAGUGUUUGAAAUUUACCCAGGGAAAUGAAAGGACCAGGACUUUGAUGGAUGUAAUCUGGAGGUUGGUUCUUCAACAGCUUCUCUCAUCUCAAAAUGUAUUCAAAAUCUGUCUUUGGUGUGUAGUUGAUGGAAAAUUCAACAGCAGCCAGGAUUUUCCACUGUGAGAGAUUGAAGCGAAGACCAAAGACAGCCCAGCAUGUGGUGCUUUCAUCCAGCCAGGUAUGGGCAGGGUUUAUGAUGAAUUUUGGUUUCAGCGCUGUCAAUCUCUGCGACAGCAUAUUUGAUGUCAAAUCCAUCCAGAGCACAUACCCCUUCAGCUUUGUCUUUGGAAACUUAGAAAAUGAAAAAGAAGAUUGGUUGUGA